AUGGGUACCGAGUUUUUCAUCAGUAUGUCUGAAACCAUUAAAUAUAAUGACGAUGACCAUAAAACUCUGUUUCUGAAAACACUCAAUGAGCAACGCUUGGAAGGAGAAUUUUGCGACAUCGCGAUUGUGGUCGAGGAUGUGAAGUUCAGAGCGCACAGGUGUGUUCUCGCUGCCUGCAGCACCUACUUUAAAAAGCUUUUCAAGAAACUUGAGGUAGAUAGUUCCUCAGUAAUAGAAAUAGAUUUCCUCCGUUCCGAUAUAUUUGAAGAGGUCCUGAAUUACAUGUACACGGCAAAGAUCUCCGUGAAAAAAGAAGAUGUUAACUUAAUGAUGUCAUCCGGUCAGAUUCUCGGCAUCCGGUUCCUGGAUAAACUCUGCUCUCAGAAGCGGGACGUGUCCAGCCCGGACGAAAACAACGGUCAGUCGAAAAGCAAGUACUGCCUGAAGAUCAACCGCCCCAUUGGGGAUGCUGCCGACCCUCAGGAUGACGACGUGGAGGAAAUCGGAGACCAGGACGACAGCCCCUCGGAUGACACGGUAGAAGGCACCCCCCCGAGUCAGGAGGACGGCAAAUCGCCCACGACGACGCUCAGGGUGCAGGAGGCCAUCCUGAAAGAGCUGGGCAGCGAGGAGGUACGGAAGGUCAACUGCUACGGCCAGGAGGUAGAGUCCAUGGAGACCCCCGAGUCCAAGGACCUGGGGUCCCAGACCCCUCAGGCCUUAACAUUUAACGACGGGAUGAGUGAAGUGAAGGAUGAGCAGACCCCAGGCUGGACCACGGCGGCCAGCGACAUGAAGUUCGAGUACCUGCUGUACGGGCACCACCGGGAGCAGAUCGCCUGCCAGGCGUGCGGGAAGACGUUUUCCGACGAGGGUCGGCUGAGGAAGCACGAGAAGCUGCACACGGCCGACCGGCCCUUCGUGUGCGAGAUGUGCACCAAGGGCUUCACCACGCAGGCCCAUCUGAAGGAGCACCUGAAGAUCCACACGGGCUAUAAGCCCUACAGCUGCGAGGUGUGCGGCAAGUCGUUCAUCCGCGCCCCGGACUUGAAGAAGCACGAGCGGGUGCACAGCAACGAGCGGCCCUUCGCCUGCCAUAUGUGUGACAAGGCCUUCAAGCACAAGUCCCACCUCAAGGACCACGAGCGCCGUCACCGCGGCGAGAAGCCCUUUGUGUGCGGCUCCUGCACCAAGGCCUUCGCCAAGGCGUCCGACCUGAAGCGGCACGAGAACAACAUGCACAGCGAGCGCAAGCAAGUCACCCCCAGCGCCAUGCAGAGCGAGACCGAACAGCUGCAGGCGGCGGCCAUGGCUGCGGAGGCCGAGCAGCAGCUGGAGACCAUCGCCUGCAGCUAGAGGUGGGGGACCGGGAUGCGCAUGCGCGCGGCAGGGAUGCUCAGCAUCCUUUAUCCGCAUCCGGCAUCCCGACCCAUGAACGCCAGCCGCCACAUUUCGGUGGAAACUUACGGAGAACUUGUACUC